AUGGCCAUUGGAAAGAAUCAAAAGGCAAAGUGGAAAGUUUCCAAGAAUGUUCAAAAGGCUUUACGUGAUGCUAAAAAGAUUACUGCAUUUUCUAAAAAGGAUUGGGUUACCGUCAGAGCUCCAAGAUAUUUUAAAAAUACCCAUAUUGGAAAAACUCCUUUCAAUAGAGGAUUUCAUUCAGAAAAGCAUUUAAAGGGAAGAGUUUUUGAAGUUAAUUUAGCUGAUUUAGAAGGAAGAGAAGAUCUUAGUGGUAAAGUUUUCAAAUUUGAUAUUUCUGAAAUUAGAAAUAAUAUUGCUUUAACAUCUUUCAAAGGUAUGAGAUUUACAGCUCAAGUUCUUUCUGCCAUGAUUAAGAAGAAAAUAGAAUUAGUUGAAGGUCUGGUUACUGUCAAAACUGCUGAUGGAUUUAGUUUAAGAGUUUUUGUACUUGGAAUUCCAAGAUGGCGUAAACUGAAGGGAAAUGCUCAUGCAAAAUCAGCUCUUAUUAAGAAAAGUAGAAUGAGAAUCUUAGAAAUUAUCAAAGAUAAUGUAAUGAAUGCAACCAUUGAACAAUUAAUUCUCAAAUUGAUUCCUUUCCCUGAUGUCAUUUCUAGUGAAAUCUUAAAGACGACUAAAUCAAUCUUACCCUUAAGUAUGGUGCACAUUACUAAGAUCAAAGUAGUUAAAUCACCACCUCUUAGUAUUGAAGGCCUUCUUACAACCCAUCGUGGUUAUGAUGCCAAAGAUUUGGGUAAGGAACUUGCAUUCAAGGAUGUGAUUUUGGAUUCAGUUUGA